AUGUCUUCAAAUUUUACAAACACUUACACUAUACACAUGUUGUGCGCGAACAAAUACGAAGAUAUACUGACUCAAUUUUCAAGUCCAAUUGAAAUUGAAGAUUUAUGGCUUGCUGCUCUGACAGAAUGGUGUCACUCACCGACGGCUCAAUGUAAUUUAGGCACAAAUGUGCCUCCUAAUAGUCGGAUUGCCUGUACUGAUCCAUGGUAUUCUAAACUCCGUUGGAUAACUUUAGGUUAUCACUAUCAGUGGAGCGAAAGAGUUUACAAUGAAUCUAAAGUUGGUGAAUUUCCAUCGUUGCUGUAUGGGACUACAGUGAACAUUAUCAACUUCCUUAAGCAUUUAAUUGAGGGAAGGGAAAUUUCUUCAAAUAAUUCAUCUCGCCUGUUAGAACAGUGCCAAAAUUACACUCCAGAAGCGUCAAUUGUGAACUAUUAUCGAACAAAAACAACUAUGGGCUUCCAUUCUGAUGAUGCGGAAGUAGAUAAAGAAGCUCCUUUGGUGUCAAUCAGCUUUGGACCCACUGCAUUGUUCUUACUAGAAACAUCAGAAGCUAUCAAGCAUGAAUUCGACGCUCCAUUGCAUGGGAGUUUUGACCACGUACUGCCAAUUUACCUUCAUCAUGGUGAUGUAGUAAUAAUGGCUGGUAAAAGUCGUCUGGCUCGUCAUGCAGUCCCAUUAAUUUUCUUUGAUGAUGAUACCGAGGUUGUCUCAAAAGGAGCUCUUCGUGUUAGUCAUAACGUUUGUGACAAAAUUGUAAAGGAAGAUCAUAACGAGGGUGUUUGUAUACAUUGCCAAGAGUGUCUAACAUACAUUAGGACUACUCGUAUAAAUAUGAAUAUACGCCAAGUAAUGCCUGUUCAUAGAUGA